AAUGAAGUAAAAUUAAUGAAAAAUAUUUUCGUUUACCAACUGUUACAUAAAACAAAUGGUCGAACAAAUAACCACGGAAACGACGCCGCUUGGUUUCGGGAAAGUAGCUCGAUUUAAGAUCAAAACAAAUUAUCUACCUAUAUCAUCAUUCAGUGAGCAGCAUCGGAAUGUUGUCCAGGAAGAGUAAGGAUAAGUCUAUUAAAGAAGGUGUGGUAGGUAAAUACGUGAAAAAAGAUACCCCUCCGGAAAUUCCAACCGUCAACGUUUGGACUACAGAGCAAAACAAGAGCAAGCUAGCUAAAGCUAGGCGCACCUCUCAACAAGUCGUCUCUAAUCCCGGCCAACCACCUGGACUGCCGCUGACUGCUAAUAGUAGUAAUAUUCAGAAUCUGCAAAAAUUUGGCAAUUCCAAGGUAUUGACAAAAGUAGGAGGUCUGGGUCACGAGGGAAAGUAUACUCCUAGCAAUAAUGUUCCGAACUUAGCUCACAAGUUUGUCAGUAUAAGUCCAAACACUGAACCUAGUGGACUCAAUUUGAUGAACGGAAAUGCAAUACAACUUCCCUUAAUUCUGGUUAAAACCCCGACCUCAAACAUGGGCAUUUCUGUUCCGAUGAACGAUGUGAGAAACAACAAUAGCCACGGAAACUAUGUGGACAUCGAUACGAUUGAUCAGAUUCUGAUGCAGCAAAGUGAAGCGAACCAGUACCGAUUGCAAAAACAGCAGCAGCAGCAGCAAAUGUUUCUACAAGAAGAGCACGAUCAAAAACAAUUACAACAGCAGCACCUACAACGCCAAGCGUCACAGCAGCACCAAAAGGAUCAACGUCAAGAGCAACAGCGCCAGGAACAUUUGGAAAUCCUCGAACUUCCGGAGCAGCAAGAUCAACAGCAGCAACUUCAAAAUCAAGAUCAACAGCAGGACCAUAACGCUUUAAACGGCCAACGAUAUGGUACCAAUUUUGAAAGGCAGCUGUCUUACAACCAACAUCACGCCAACAAUCAUAGAAAUGGUUUUGACAAUUUCGGGCAUUUGUUGCGAAAUGGUAGCCCUAUAGCAGCAUCCGGUACGUCAGGAAACAGCUUGACUAACGAGCAAACCUUGUUUAUACGUCACUAUUCUACCCGGCAACCGCCUCAGCACUCGUCUUCAUCGCAACAACCGCAAAGUCAGCACCAAUCAGAAACAGCACAACAGGAUCAUUUGUACCCUAUUUACGAAAACCAAUCCCGAUUGAUUGGUCGCCCCGAAUCGCCAAUUUACAGUAACACAAACUCCGGCACGCUUUAUCAGAACUAUAGUAGUAACAAUUCUUCGCACCAAUCGUUAUACUCGAAUGUUUGUGUUACUGGCCAAGCUACGGGAGAGCCUGGAAGCAGUGACGGCCCUGGGCUCACACAAUCACAAGCAUUGCAAGCUUCCUCUCUUCAGGCCCAAACGCAACCGCUUUACUCCAAUAUGAUAGUAGGCAGUGGCAAACCUAAUGGUGUUACGUAUGGAGAAGUUAUUUUACGCACCGCUCGCAUCGGCCCGACUGGUGUUGCUGGCAGUUCGGUUGCAGCACAGCGUGGAAUUACUCAGGGUCCCGCUGGCCAGCAACCUGAAGGAGACAGUAGCGAAGAUGAAUUAAUGCUGCCACCUGGCUGGUCAGUGGAUUACACGUUAAGAGGAAGAAAAUAUUAUAUUGAUCAUAACACCAAAACGACCCACUGGGCACAUCCGCUUGAUCGAAAGGCUCUACCGACAGGCUGGCAGCGGAUAGAGGCGGCUCGAUAUGGAACCAUUUUCAACUAUAUUACUGCGGAACAAACUUUGCCUUACCUGACCUCCUGCUUUUUACCACAUGGGCCACCGGUGGAAAUUCCGCGUCCGAUUGUGUCCCAUUUCUCUCGUCACAGUGCCCUUGUUCCGGCAAACCCUUACAACACAGAAAAAGUCCCUGAGUGGCUGUUUCUCUAUGCAAAAUCCUCCUCGGAGAAAGAUCACAUUAUCAAAUGGGACAUGUUUCAGCUACAGCAACUAGAAGAUUUCCUUGGCAUAAUGAAAAAGUUGUAUCGACAAGAAUGCAACAUUAUCGUUGCCAAAUACGAAGUGAUCAGGAUACAGAUACACUCACGAAUGCAGGAGCUCCGAAGGAUUUAAUGGGGCUGGAUGGAACUUCUGUACCAGUGCUUUAAAAUUGUGAUAUCAACCAGUUCCUUCAUUUAAAAUUUGCAUGAGCAAUGAGGCAUAUUCAUCAUGAUAAUUUAAAACAUCACUCAAAUAUUAGGUGUAAAAGGCUUGUGAAUGUUCCUCUGUGCCUUGAGUUGACAUAUUUAUCCGACGGGGUAUCAGCAUUCUGUAUUAUUAUA